AUGGGGAUGGAUACCCCAGCUAGCAAUGAUGAUAUUGAAUACGAACCUACCACUACCCCUGGGCCACCGGGCCCAACACCAACAACCGAUAUCUUGAUACAGAUGAUGAUGGGAUAUUUGAAAAAGCAAGAUGAAUAUUUGAAAAAGCAAGAUGAAUGUCUGAAGAGAAUGAAUGAAUAUUGGGAUAGAAGGAUGGGAAAAUCCUUACAAAAAUCAGCUGAAAACUCUGAUUCUCUGUCAAGAGAUCAAGAGGAUAUCAAACAAGGGGAGGAUGAGAUGGAACUGGCUACACAAGCCACUGUCACUGCUCCUCCAUCUACUGAAGAACCCUCUGAAGAACCAACCAUCAAAGAACCCCCUGCAAGAAUCACCAAAGAACCCCCAAUGAAAACCAUCAAAGAACCUCCUAUAAGAACCACCAUGAUGAGAUUGGCCAUUAAGAAUACCACCACCAAUACCACCACCACCACCACUGCCAUCAAAGAACUUUUCAAACAUCGAUACUACUACCACGAACCGAAGCCUCACAGAUGCCGAAAGGCACGUGGCGCGCUUUUCACACCCAUUGGAGGGCUUGGCAUCCAAGGUUGCUGCCAAAUUGCCCAAAACGGAGUCAUCGAUAUCCGUGACAUUCGCCUUCUGCUUGUCUCGCUCAUAAACGCCGGCCACGCCCAGGAUCCGUUGUCUGUCUGCCCCCCGGUUAUGAAGUUUGCGCAUGACUACACGCAGAUCCUCAACGCUGAGGAUUACCCUUCCCAGUGGGUUCAGUCUGCAAUCUCCUACAAGCGCCUCAAGAAAUGUAUCAAAAAGGUGCGUAAGGAGCUGCUGUCCCUGGGCCUACGCCCGGAGAUUCUGAACCUCCUCUGGCACCAGAGUCAAGCGGCAAACGCGGCAGGGUAUGAUGGUGCUGGUGGUGAUAGCCUGCCUUUCGGCUUCCAAUACUCUCUGAGCAAAAGCCCUUUAACGUCGUUCUGGCUGCCGAAAUUGACCUUCGUCGUCGACCCCAUGGAUGGUUCCCCGAUUGAUGCCUUCGUCUCUCCUGAAACCCUUGAGUUCCUUCAACAACUGAACAAAAUUCCGCUUCCGAUACCUGCUGCUACUUUGGCUAGACUGGACUCUGAGUUGGGAUCGUUUACCCAUCAUGGUUUCCUGGAAGUGGUUGCUGAUGGGGAAUUGAGCCUUGACAAACAGGGGGAAGCGGUCAAGAAGCUAGAUUAUGACGCCGAAACAGUGCACUCCGUCGAGAUACCGCUCUCCGCUGACUCGGAAUUUUUCCAUAUUCUAAACAAAGAGUUAUCAGGCUUGGACGAGCUCCAAGAACGAGAACAAAUUGGACUAAGUGAACGGGCUAAGGACUUGCGUCAACAAAUCGUUAAGAUCACGAAGCCCCAAUUCAGGAGAUCUCAAUCCGCCCUAUAUGUGUGGCGGGAAAUAUUCCGACUGUAUAUAGACAUGCAGGUUUUUUUCUGCACCGACGAGCAGGGUUCUGGCCAGAGAGACGCCGAAACUGCCAGCCGGAAACUGGAGAAAUUCCAAACAACGUUAAAACAAGGCCGGCAGAUCAAAAAGCUUGGAAAGGAGGGCCGUACCGCGCUUGAGGCCUUUCUGUGCAUUAACAAUGUUUUGUUGCAAAAUCUAAAGUUCCAGGAGAUCAAUCGCACUGCCCUCACCAAGAUCUUGAAAAAGUUUGACAAACGCACCGCUCUCCCAGCUGGGACUAUUUUCCCAGAACUCAUGGUUGUUGAGACGUUUUUAGCUGAAACUAUGGCCAAGGCUGUCUGUUACACGAUUUCCGAAGAGGUCCUUACUGUCAUACCCCAGCUGGACGACUACCUAUGUCCUAUCUGUUUUAAUAUUUCGUUCAAACCUGUGCGACUGCGUUGUAACCAUAUUUUCUGCAUCCGUUGCUUGGUUGUUAUGCAGAGAGCUAAACAGAACAACUGUGCGCUCUGUCGAGAGGGUGUCGUAAUGGAGGCUACAGGAGCAAACCUAGACAAUGAACUUCUUGCAUUCCUAGCGUCCAGUUUCCCGAAGGAGACGAGGGCCAAACAAAAGGAAAACGAGCGAGCGGCGACGAUCGACCUUUAUGGUAAUUCUUACGAUUCUUGCUCCGUGAUGUAGUGUGCUCUCAUUGCCCACUUUUACUUCUAUUAAAUUUUAUUUCAGUGAUAAUGUUAAUUAUAAUUAAACCGACGGGACCCAUGAUAGGAAGAGGAAGAUUUGUCCCGUAUUCCAAGGCUUCUCUCUGUGCCACUGGAGAAAAGGUAGAGCGGCCAUCAACCGGGAGACAAGUACAGGGAGCUUACUCGCUUAUUUGUCUUCUGUUGGGCCACCGGUACGGGGCAGGGCUAGGGGGGUUAGGUUGUGGCCAUAUAUUGCGUUCAAGAACGUUUGAUUCCAGAACACUACUCCUGCUAUACUAUUUGGUUUUCAAUGGGUUAUUGGGCUCUAGUACUGUACAUUCCGUAUAUAUAUUCUGAAUGAUGGAUGGCAGUUGUGAAUAACGAUAUC